CCGCUGUGCCGCUGUGGGGCGCCUCACAAAUGGCCGGUGACGCGAGAAAGGCGGACGUGGUGUCGCCGCGCGGAAACUACUCUCUCAUCUACGCGGCAACGAGAUGAUACGCGGCUGCGGACGCUAUCCCGUUUCGAUCGAGAACACGUGAAACUCGCAGCUAGAACAAACGCCUCGCCAUGAUAACGCGGAGUGCGUGGCUCGCUGUCUUUUGUCUCCUUUGCUGCGACGUUUUUCCCUGCGAUGGCUCGCCCCUCCUCCUCUUCGCCACCCACAAAGACAUCAGGGUGGCCAACAUGUCUCGCAACAACAAGGUCAACACCAUCAUCAAGGACCUGUCGGAGGGCGCGUCGCUGGACUUCUUCUACGAGCGCGGGCUGAUCUGCUGGUCCGACAGCGGCCUGGAGAUGAUACAGUGUAUACGUUACAACGGCACGCACAGCGGCGAGAGGAUGACAGUGGUGAACUCCAGCCUGAUAUCGCCCGACGGCCUCGCCUGCGACUGGUACACGGACAAGCUGUACUGGACGGACGGCGAGAAGAACCGGAUCGAGGUGACCAGCGUCGACGGCCGCAACAGGAAGGUGCUCUUCUGGACGGACAUCUAUCAGCCGCGCGCGGUCGCCCUGGCGCCGAUGGAGGGCCUCCUCUUCUGGACCGACUGGGGCGAGGUGCCCAAGAUCGAGCGCGCCUCGAUGGACGGUGACCCGAGCACGCGCAAGGUCAUCGUGUCCGACGACAUAUUCUGGCCUAACGGCCUGACGGUCGACUACGACAACAAGCUCAUCUACUGGGCGGACGGUAGACUGUGGUUCAUCGCCGUGAUGGAUUACAACGGUGAAAAUAGGCGGAAGCUGAUCACCCGCGACCUGGACUACCCGUUUGCUAUAACGUUCUACGACAACCGGCUCUACUGGACCGACUGGAAGACCUGGUGCAUUCACUCGUACGACAUGAACCAGCCGCAGUUGCACCCGCGCGAGUUGUUCCACGGCGAAUACAUACCUGGUACUGUUUACACAGCGUUUCUCGCUAUUUGCCGCACGACGUCACGCCAGUUGUUUCUUUUUUGUAUUUGUUCAUGCUGAUCCUUGCCUCUUGGUUUACGAUCUCACUUUAGUCUUUUUACGAUAUUUUCAAGGCUUUUAACAUAUAAAUUGAUAAAUUCUUUGAACAUUAAUAGAAUUGCGAACUUCGAAGUAAGAUAACAAAUUAGAAAUAAAAUUCAAAGGAAAGCUUAAUCAUUAUAAUACGAGUGUUUUAUUCCGUAGAUCACUACAUUGUUAUAUUAUUCUUUUCACUAUAGUUACUAGAUUUUGAUUAUUAUAUUUCUUGUAUG